GAGAUAUUGAAGAGGCUGAGGGAUUCUGAUAAUAUGGUUGCAGGAGCGGGUAUCACGACGUGUAUCGUGCUUCAUGAGAACAAUCUUCUGGGCGAAGAAGCCGUGUUAGGGAUACUAAAGACUCUCGGACGUGCUAGCCAGUCCGUCAACUUUUCAGCUUCUGCGAGACAGAUGACAAGACGGGCGCUGCGUCUCGUUUCCCUUCUAUCACCAUCGCGAGAAGCUGUUCAAAUUGUGCUUGAACUUAUCCAGGAUAUAUCAGUCAAACCUACACGCAUGCAAGUCCUUCUUUGCGAGUGCUUCCGUGUCCUUCGACACGUGCCUCUCGACCUCCUUUCAACGUUUCUUCGCACACCCGAAUCCUCCCCAAUCGCUCUCAUCCGCCAGCUAGUUUCCUCAGAAGAACCCAACGAGCAAUACGUCUUCCUCACAUGCCUGGAAUGUAUUGAUCCUGUUCUAUGGGCCGGUACGUUACCUGGACGUCCGGCCGUUCUCGAUGCAUGGGAAGUGGAGCGCGUUAUGCAAUUUCUACAUUCAGCCGACAGCGCGAUACGGAGAAAGACACUGAGCAUCCUAUCCAACGUCGACCCAAACCUUCUUGGCGCUUAUUUCGAGCAAAUAUCCGAGACACUUUCUGAGACAGCUCAGGAUGAGAGUAUGGUUAUCAUCAGAUUACUCGAAAUUGUCGAGGUAGUAUCCGGUUGGGAUGGAGAGCUCUAUGCGCGAUCUGUCAGGGACGUAUUCUUGAAAGCGAGCGGUAGACCUGAUUCGCAAACUGGUCGUCGUGUUCUUGAGCAAGCGGUGGAGCAGGUUCUCUCGCGAAUCCGAGACGGGGAUGCAUCAUUUGGACUUAGCGUAGCAACUACUCUCUUGACUUUGGCCAUUGAUUCAAAUGACGAGCCAGGUUCAGCAUCGCUCAUGGUCAUCGUCGCUGCGCUGACAUGCGAAUUCGCAUCGCAUCUUUCAAUAGCCCCUGUUGAAUUGUUGAAGGCCCUACAGAAGAAGUUGAGACUUUAUCCUGCAUCGAUUCAGGAGGCUUUUCUAUUGGCGAUGCUGCGUCUCAUCGCGGAGUGUAACGAGGUUCCGCAGAGUAUCGUUGAGGAUAUCACUUUGCUGAGCGAAGUCUCUGGGCGAUAUAUCCAACGUCGUUGCGCUCAAUUCUUGGCAUUCUGCAAGCAGCCUGCCUUGUUGAAGCGAAUUGCGUCUGGCGCAAAAUCACGUGCUCUUCCAGAUUUCCUUCUUGCGUUAGAGUCCAAUCAAUACCCGUCUGCGGUUCCCCACAGGACCCCCUCUCCCCCUCCACCUCGAAUGCGAUCUCCGAGCUCUCCUCGUUCUUCGUCUACCCAAGCAUUGCGUUACGCCGCUUACGACCCACCGCCCCCACCGCCCUCGCGUACCCGCUCACAUACUCGGCACAAGUCGAGUGCACGCACGGUCAGCAGUUCGCGGUCUGUGGCGUCCGACGACACGCGGCCGGGAAGUGCGCUGAGCGCAGGUGUAGGUGUCAUAGGCGAGACGGUAUCACCGGGAGAACUCGCGCUGGUUGCGGGGCGUGGAGACCUAGAUAAGAUAAUCAGCCCGAACGCCAGUACACCUACUCGUACCAUGCCGCCGACUCCCGUUGACCUUCUGGGCUCUCGAAUGGAUCUGAUUUCUCUCGAUUCGCCUUUCCUCCCCGAGCCUGUUGUUUCGCUCAGUCAAGCCAUGCUUUCCUCGCCAGCACCCAUCCCCAAUGCAAUGUACGAGGUGCAACAGGCAAUCUAUAGCCCUGAGCAAGACUUCAUGCGCAUUUGGAAUACGCGUGAGAAGCACAAUGCACGGGGCUGGACCGAAGCACCAUUAGAUGUCAUUGUACGGCGGCUGCAGACCAUCCAGUUGCAUCUGGUCAUGCUUUCUGCAGACCAACCGCCGUUUGAAGGUGAAUUGAAGAUCAUUCUUCGGAGCGACGCACCAUCGACUUUGGGGACUGCGGCCAUGAGGCUGAGGGAUAGCGACGAAGAUGGUUGCUUGUGGCGGUUAAGAUGCGAUGAUGAGAGGUUCGUGGCGCACCUGAACAGCGUGUUGUGCGAGAGUGCACGGUAGCUGGACGGACAGAAGCGGUUGUUCAAUUGUAAACCCGCUAAAAAUUAACAUGGACAACGCUUUCCCAGAACAGACGAAGGCAGCCGAUGCAGUUACAUUAAAACGACACCAAUAGACACUGUAACUACCAGCCCAUUCUCACGAGAGUGAACUAUACAUACCGUCAUACGUCUGACAAGUCCCAGUAGUGUAAGAUAGCCACUAUAGCAGCAUCCUCCGCCCGCAGCAUUCACCCGACUGCACUCUUGCGUCUGUUGCGAGUUUCAUACAUGGUGAGCCUCUGGUUGAGGUUGCUGGCCCUCAAAAUCCAUCUUCUGGUGACUC